AGAUGAAGCACUAGUUUCUACAGUAGAUAGAAGGUUAAGGUCUUAGCCACUCAACUCUCAUUUUGAGAAAUAGCCAAUUCCUUAAAGUGAAAGUAAGUGUCUUUGGAAACCAUUUCUAGGCAAAGGAUUCGUUUUUAUAGCCUUUCGGUGCUUGAAUUAUACUUUCAUUCUCUUUUAUCCUUUUCUUUUUUUUUUGCCCAUUGAUAUCUUGCAAACAAUGGAAUCAAUCGAUUGUUUCUCUUCUUCACUCCCUUGCAUAAUUUGAUAUUAUGUCGUUAUCCUCCGAUGUUGGAACACGAUGCUCUUAGCUUAGACAAAAAGCAAAAGCCAAAGCUGCAAUUUCUGACUUCUCAUUCCAAGAAUUCUUUUUUUUCCCCUCUUCCUCACUCUUUUUUCUGCUUUCUUUUGACUCCAAAAUUUCCAGCAUUCAUUGCUCUUUCUUGGGUUGUUUGUCAUUUGAAACUUUUGCCCGCUUUCUUGAGUUUAAAACAAGCACGAGUUGUUGUUUCUUUUUAGAGUUUCUUUUUUUUUUUUCUUGGAGGUGUGAGUAUGGCUAUAGAUGUCUGUUCAGAGAUUUCAAGUGCAGGAAUUAGUCCAAGAAUCUCAUUCUCUCAUGACCUCAAUCAAGCUACAGAUUCCGUAUCCAUUCAAGACUGCAAUCCGAGAUUAGACUCGUGUUUAUUAGAUUCUGAUUUUGAUUUCUGCACUGGCAGCAGCUUUGUUCAAGAAUUGUCUUCUGCUGAUGAGCUAUUCUCCAAUGGCAAGAUCCUGCCUAUUGAAAUCAAGAAAUGUAAAAAACUCUCAGUUUCCACUAAAAGAACUGAUCAACCAAAGCCUAUCACUACUCAUUCUCUAAAAUCUAGCACUGACACUCCAGAGAAGAAGCUGCUGAAGGAAUUCUUGUCAAUGAGUAUUGAUGCAGAUGAAAAGCCAAUAAGUACGAAGUCUUUUUGGCAAUUCAAGAGAAGUAAUAGUCUGAAUUGUGAUAGUACUACUCGAAGCAAAGGUCUAAUUCGCUCUCUUCAGUUUCUUUCAAGAAGUAACUCUACUGGGUCAGCUCCAAAUCCUCCAAAACUGUCAUCAGUAUGCUCCAAAGAAAAUCAAAAACCAAGGUUGCAGAAACAACAUUCUGUUCCUACUAGGAAGUCUCCUGCUACAAAUUUCGGAGCAUUCUACGGGUACAAUUCAGGGCAGAAACAUCCUUCUCUAAGGAAGUGUGGAUCUUAUGGCAAUGGAGUUAGAAUUAGUCCUGUCUUGAAUAUACCACCUCCUUACAUUUCAAGGGGAACUGCCAAUCUUUUUGGUUUGGGUUCUUUGUUCUGUAAUGGUAAGGUAAAAAGAAAGAAGAGAUGAUUACUUAUCAAGAAUCUUUUCUUUUUUUAUUGUCA